AUGAGUGUCACUUACAACUCCAAUAAGCAAGUUGCCAAUGGCCAUGAGCUGAUGCCCUCUGUUGUUACUGCUAAACCUAGAGUGGAGGUUGGUGGUGAAGACUUAAGGGCUGCUUAUACCCUAAUCAUGACAGACCCGGAUGCUCCAAGCCCUAGUGAUCCAUACCUUAAAGAACAUCUUCACUGGAUUGUGGCUGACAUUCCCGGUACCACUGAUGCUUCCUUUGGAAAAGAAAUUGUGAGCUACGAGCCCCCAAAGCCGGUAAUUGGCAUCCACAGAUAUGCGUUCAUCUUGUUUAAGCAGAGAGGAAGAGAAACCGUGAUGCCACCAGCUUCAAGAGACCAUUUCAACACAAGGAAGUUGCAGAAGACAACGGUUUAGGAUCGCCAGUGGCAGCAGUAUACUUCAAUGCACAGAGACCAACUGCAGCAAGAAGACGAUGACUCCCAAAUGGAUAAGGAGAAUGCUA